AUGAUCCGUCGCGAGAAUCGUCUCCGACGAGAGUACAUAUAUCGGAAAAGUUUGGAAGAGAAGCAACGUGUUGUUGAAGAGAAGAGAGAGAAGAUCAGGGAUGCGCUUGAGAACAACAAGAAGAUUGACAGCUCACUACGGAAAGAUGCAAUCGAACUUGCUAACGGCGCAGAAUGGGGUGGACAGAUCAUGUCAAUUGAUGACGAGUAUCGCUGGGCCGGAACGAAGGAUCCCAAAAUUGUCAUUACGACCAGUCGAGAUCCAUCAAGCAAAUUAAAGAUAUUUGUGAAGGAGAUGAAGCUGAUUUUCCCAAAUGCGCAGAGAUUGAACAGAGGCCACUAUGACGUCAAGCAACUUGUGCAAGCCUGCAGAGCAAAUGAUGUUACUGAUUUCAUUUUACUGACGGAAACACGUGGUAGUCCUGACGGGAUGGUUGUCUGUCAUCUUCCUUUCGGCCCCACUGCUUACUUUACUUUGGCUAAUGUAGUUAUGCGUCACGAUAUUCCUGAUAGGGAACCUGUAAGCGAACAAUAUCCCCACCUGAUAUUCCACAACCUUGGAAGUCGCCUCGGCCAAAGGAUCACUUCCAUCUUGAAGUAUCUAUUUCCUGUUCCCAAGGAAACUUCUAAGAGAGUGAUAACUUUCGCCAACAGUGACGACUUCAUAUCUUUCCGGCAUCAUACUUACUCGACGGUGCAAGGUGGAGAAAUUGAAUUAAAAGAAGCUGGGCCGCGCUUCGAGUUACGGCCAUACGCCAUCAAGCUGGGAACGCUAGAAAACAUAGCAGCUGCUGAAGAUGAAUGGGUAUUACGAUCGUUUAUGAACACUUCAAGAAAAAGACAACUACUGAGUAACAAAGAGGAUGAUAAUGAUGAGGACGAAUAA